AUGGCCCCAAGAACCAAGAACAACACCAUGGGAGACAACAACGCUCACAUGGGUGUAUACAGCGGCGGAGGAUCGAGCGGUGGCGGCGGUGGGGGCUACGUCCACGAGGAGUACGCGUCCGGCGGCUCUUCGGACGGCUCUUCCGAGCCUCCGGGCGGCAAUGACGGCAGCGCGCUCCAAAGUAACUUCGGUUAGAUCGGAGGUUCUCCGAUCUAGUAAACGCAACGACUGCGGACUCCGUGCUAACUCAGGAUGAUUAUGCUGAUCCUUGAUGACUCACGCAGUCAUAUGAUCUCUCCCCGCCCACAUGUUUACGCCUAGGGCGACCUUUGGCCUAUGACGCAUGUCCGUUGUAAAGUAUGAGUCACAAGAAUGUUCUAGUCCCUUAGGACAAGACUUGGACAUCCAGAUCUAGCCUGAUUAAGCUUCUGUCCAGGAUAUCUUGGCCCUUGUCAACGACGUCCGCAGCUCCAUCUUCGACACCUCAUCAAAUGGUACCAUCAUCAGCAUUCCAGAACGUCCAAGUCCCGCCCAGCCAGUGCCCUAUAUAAGCCCAGCCAGUCGACCAAUCCAGGACGUCCCCAUCGGCUUCGAUCGAUCGGUAUUAAUCUCGAGAUAUUAUUGUCAUAGUAUACUAUUGUUGUUGUGUUAUUCGAGCUCAUAAAGGUACAGAAUAUUCUACGUGGGUAUUGUAUUAGACUGCAAGCUAUCCUUGCGCUACGUUGCGGCUUCAGUAUUCUGAAGCAAAGAUCCACCGACAGUCUAGUCAAGCAGCCCACAGGGUAGGGCAAAGGUAG